UAUAUUUAUGCUUUUCCUGUCUGUGACAUAAAAUAUGUUAUGUUAGCAAAGAAUUGUUGCACAAUAUAUUUUUUUCAUCGAGGGGUUUAGGUUCUCGUGUGGGAGGCGUUUCGGUGGUCUCGAGUGUCUGCAAACCAUAACUGUAGGCAGUGUUAUUGGAUUCCAAAUGUAGUUACACACUGUUCUUUCUUAUUGGUGUUGCAGUGUUUAACUUUUCUGAAAAGCAAUGCAUUUAUUCAAAAUAGGACGAGUAAUUCGUUAUUAUUAGUUAGUACCAGUUAUUCUCCUUCAAAUGCAGUCAUAGGUAGGCCUAUAUAAUUCGUGAGAUAUCUAAUAGAUCAUUGUUUUAUACCUAAUAUUUGCAGACAACUAUAAUUAAUGUCGGUCCAGCUAGCCCAAUCAAAACUCCAUUAAAUGAUUGUAUUGCCUAGGCCUACUUUGUCCAAUGACUGAAUAAAAAGUGAGCAUUGUCGUGAUGAAAACGACUCCCACUGCAUUCUCGAAUUUCACCUAUAGUCAGUGACAUGAAUCUUUGCCUAAAUUAUCUUCAUUGUUGACGUUGUGAAAUCAUUUUAUGGUCAUCUGUAGAUAUUUUUGGGAUAUAUAAUGCACAACGUUUGGAGCUAAAUUGUGUGACAUGCGGUAGCCUACCGCACGCGACAAAUCAACGAUUUAUGUUAUCGGAUCAGGAUGCAAUAAUGUGUAGCCUACAUGUAUUGCGGAUGUAGCUCUCAUUGGCAUACAGGUAGUGAUGUGGCUGAGGUUACGGCGGAGGGAUAUUCUUUCUGUACGACAAAGAGAUACGAUAAAUCGGGAGAGAGAGAACCAUGAAUAGUGUGUGAGGCGAGAUGUAUGUCACAUAGUAGGCCUAAUGGACUUAUUUGUAUAAAACACGAAAUUUAACCCCAAAUAUAAUAACGUUAGGAUCAAUCACUGAACACUUCAACGGAAUUAAACUCUGGGAGAACAUGGAGAAGAAACGGUGGGAUUGCUCGGCUCUCCCCAAGGGCUGGCAAAUUGAAGAAGUGACCAGAAAGUCGGGUUUGUCUGCGGGGAAAAGCGAUGUCUAUUAUUAUAGCCGAGGUAAGGAAGAAGAAGAAGAGGAGGAGGAGGAGGAGCAGAGGCGAGAAAGGGGGGAGGCGGGUCGGUUGUAUAGUUUGUGUCCAACCGGGAAGAAGUUUCGGAGCAAGCCUCAGCUGGCUCGUUACCUUGGCAACCAGAUGGACCUCAGCUCCUUCGACUUCCGCACGGGGAAGAUGCUCAUGAGUAAACUGAACAAGAACAGGCAGAGGCUGCGCUAUGACAACAACAAUCAGACCAAGGGCAAGCCAGACCUGAACACCUCACUUCCCGUCAGACAGACUGCUUCCAUCUUUAAGCAGCCUGUCACCAAGGUUACCAACCACCCCAGCAACAAAGUCAAGACCGAUCCACAGAAAGCCGUGGACCAGCCAAAACAGCUUUUCUGGGAGAAGAAGCUUGGUGGUCUCAAUGCAUUUGACAUCGCAGAGGAGCUAGUGAAGACAAUGGACCUGCCUAAAGGUCUGCAAGGAGUUGGACCUGGAUGUACAGACAAGACUCUACUGUCAGCGAUAGCCAGCGCCCUGCACACUAGUGCAGCCCCCAUCACAGGUCAGCUGUCUGCAGCCGUGGAAAAGAACCCAGGGGUGUGGCUCAACACGACCCAGCCCCUCUGCAAGGCUUUCAUAGUUACAGACGAGGACAUCAGGAAGCAGGAAGAGCUGGUGUACAGUGUGAGGAAGAAGCUGGAGGAGGCUCUAAUGGCGGACAUGUUGGCUCAUGUGCAGGAAGCAGCCAGCGAGGGUGACUCACUCAAUGAAGGCAAUGAUGACAUGGAGACUGUAUAGCAGAGGGAGUCAAUGCUGAGACCAAGGUCUCUUUCCAGAUGAUGUAUGUUUAGCACAACAAUACACAUGAAAAUACAAUCAAAAUCCUAUUUUUCGAGAGUGUCGGGUCUCCAUCUCUUCUAGUCUUCUCAUUUUGAGAAUGGACACUAUUUGGUUUAAAGGACCUUUAAAGUGCGCAGACGGCAAGCCUCCUGUUGUUGAAAGUACAUACGCUGCUGCUGCUGCUACUGUUUAUUAUCUAUCCUGUUGCCUAGUCACUUUACCUAUAUGUACAUAUCUACUGCCAUUACCUCAUACCCCUGCACAUCGACUCGGUACUGGAACCUCGUGUAUAUAUCCAAGUUACCGUAACUCAUUGUGUAUUUAUUCCUCAACUUUUAUCUCUGCGUUGUUGGGAAGUAAUCAUUUCACUGUAGGUCUACACCUGGACACAAUUGUAUUUGAUUUGUAAAAUGAGAGGGUUGUUCAGGCUUUUACAGCAUUUAUGGGCUCCCCCCAGUUUCUCAACAGAUGUCAGUAUUUUAAAUUCAGAGCUGCAAAUCAUGCCACCCAAGGGAUAUGAUAUGACACAUUUAUAAUUUGAUUUGCCAUCAGUAUUUGUUUAGCUAUUUCAACAAACGUCUGUCUUCAUCCUCUCUUCCAGGGAGAUGGGGAGUUAUAUAGUAGUCUGGAUGGGUUUCUCAACUCCUUGUCAAAUGACAAUGAAACCAGGAACCCUGUACCAAUCCAACCAAAAGAACUGCCCACUUUCUGCCCAUCCCCUUCCACGUGCUGCCCCUCUGAAGCUUUGCCUACCUAAUGUCCACCUCGCCCACUGUUUAGCCUCUUCUGGCUCCAGCCCUAUGAAAGUACUUGGACUCAGGAAUUCUGAAUCAAAUGGAUUAGUAGCUAAAUUAGCUUUUUUUUUUAAAGAUAGCAUCAAAUACAAUGUUGGCAGGGCAGAGUGAAAGAGAUCGGUCUCGUACACUAUGAUGAAUUCAGUGUUCAAUGAUGUAGUCUUUUUUUUUUGUAAGACAUUUUAUGUAUUUGCUGAAUGUGAGUUAUAUAUUGUGACGAUCAUGCCAUUGUUAACCCAACCCAAAACAUGUUUUAAAUUCAUUGGGAUAUUUUGAAUUAGAAGUGAAUUCUGUUUUUUCCAUGGGUCUCUAAUGCACUCCAUGGGGAUAGAUGGACCAUAUUUUAAAGGUACUUUGGCUUAUUUUAUAGGGCUAUGUGAGAGAGGCUUUGGUGAGAGGGAACAAGAUACUUGCCUAAAUGAUGAUAAUGCAGCAGGUAGCCUAGGGGUUAAGGGCGUUGGGCCAGUAACCGAGAGGUCACUGGUUCAAAUCCGUGAGCCAAUGAAAAAUCUUUCCAUGUGCCCUUGAGCAAGGCAGUUGCUCUGGAUAAGUGUCAGCUAAAUGACUAACAUGUCAAUUAUGCACUCUAAAUUCUAACGCUUGUGUUAGUCACAGGAGAGUCUUAGUGAAAAAUCAUUGGAUCAUGUUCUCAAGAAAAUAUCCUUAUUGUUGUAAGUAAGUCCAUAUAAACCCCUUACCCAGUACUUAUGAGUCAGGCCAUACUGUACUUAGUUAUAAUGGGUACAACAGUUAUGAGUCAGGCCAUACUGUACUUAGUUAUAAUGGGUACAACGGUUAUGAGUCAGGCCAUACUGUACUUAGUUAUAAUGGGUACAACAGUUAUGAGUCAGGCCAUACUGUACUUAGUUAUAAUGGGUACAACGGUUAUGAGUCAAGCCAUACUGUACUUAGUUAUAAUGGGUACAACAGUUAUGAGUCAGGCCAUACUGUACUUAGUUAUAAUGGGUACAACAGUUAUGAGUCAGGCCAUACUGUACUUAGUUAUAAUGGGUACAACAGUUAUGAGUCAGGCCAUACUGUACUUAGUUAUAAUGGGUACAACAGUUAUGUAGAAGUCACAUGGACCCUCUGCUACAUGUUGUAGAUUUUAUUACUUUUUAAAACUCCCUGUAUAGGACUCACUGAAGUUGUUGGUUUAACGUUGGUGUUUCUAGCCAAUGCACAUUUUUCCCAUGGCCAUGACUUCAGUCAACAUGUUUUAAAAAUGUUUCCAAUAAUGUGUCAAUGCCACCACAACACAUGCUGCCUCCUUGUUAUCUCGUUCACUGGGUGCCAGACAGUAAGCUAAUCAUAUUUUGUUUGAAUAAAGGUGAAGAUUCUCAGUGUUGAGAAAAUGAAUUGCGCUUUGAACAUUUACCUACAUUUCUCAAAGUUUGAUGUAUGUAUGAAAUGUCAAGCUCAAUGAGAUCCCUAUCCCACAUCAGCAGGCUGACUGCUGAACUGAAUUGGAUUGUGUUACUGAAUAAAAUGGAUCUGUAUUUCAACAGUA